AUGGCAAGCUGGCCUCUCCCUGGCAGUUCUCAAGCGUUGCUUACCCUCACGAACGUCGGCUGGCAGUUGCUUAUCGACUAUUUAUCAAGUCGUCACCGGGCUGCGGGAGUCUUCUAUGUCGUUCAAUACGCGGUGAUCUCAAAGGAGGAGAGGGCAACGUUCCUUUCUUCACUGUUCCAUGAAAUCUCUAUGACAGCGUUCUGCCUGGCGACUGCGACCAUCAAGUAUCCUCAUUCCAUAGUAGCGCCCAAAUGUUUCCGUGACCUGUUCCAGGUGUUCUACGACAACGAAGGCGAAGUCGAUCCACUCCUAAUCGAGAUCAAGGUUCAGGAUGGAGAAGGGGAGAGGGAUCGCGUCCUCAACCAAUACAUCGAGGCGUGGUGGAUGCCUGGAAACGACCGGAUGAAGUUCAGCUUCGACGAAUUGGUGGCAAUUUGGAGGAGGCAAUCUGCGACGCUCACGAGAACCUUGCCAUCUCCGCCACCCGCAACUGUUGUCCUCUCCGAGUUGACGCUGGAUGCUCUGCGCGAAGCUCGGUCUUUGCUGAGGGCGUCAUUGGAGAUCGUCGACGAGGAAUUGAAGGCCAAUCGAGACGGCGCUCGGAGGGUGAGGGCAACCCUCCGAAUUUUGAAGCAAGAACAGGGGGAAGAUGUCGCAGACGCACCUGAACUGAGUGGGCUGGACCUUCAGACGGUUGCACACUGCACUAAGCCGACUGAUCAGGAAGAAUGGAAGGACUUCUUUUUUUAUAUUGCCGACAGAAUCUACAUCGCGAUCCAGGAAGCACCCUCUACGACCAUGGGUCAUGACCUCCGUAUUGAAUAUGUCGUGCGAUUGAGUAUCGAGUUUCAGGCAGCCAUGUGGGUUCUGGGCGUGGUUUUGUCCGCAGAGGAGAUUAGGUGGGACCUCAAUCUCGAGUCAUUCACCAAGGUGUUCCGCUGGAUGGAAAAACGCGCUAUACUGGGCGGGCUGUUUGCGGGAAAAAUACCCUCCGACCAGCUCGAAGUCGCGGAUAGGAGGCAUCGACCGACUUGGAUCGACACCCGAGUAUUUGAGUUUAGGACCGACAGACCGCUGGAGGAGGUAUAUCAAGAAUGGCUUGCACUCCGCACAGCGAGGGUCCGCCUUUCCACUCUUUCUCUGGCAGAUCUUGAGGCGCGGCGUCGGCAAAUUUUGGGACAGCUGAGGACAGUGGUGUCCCUCAAGAAGGCCGCGGACGAGGAGCGAUCACGAUUGAAGGAGCAAAUCAAACGGGUCACUUGUGUCCUUGAAAGGUGGAGCAAGCACUGGGAGUCCGAGCUGGAGCAACUGAAUAAAACAUAUGAUUAA